UUUGUUUGCGCCAGUGGCUCCGCCGCUUGUGGAAAGACGUGGAAAGACGUUUAUCACGGAGCGGAGGUCGAGUCUGAGCAGCGAGCCCAGCGUGGAGGAUGGAGUCCUCUCUGGAGUUCUCUAGCUCUGUGGGCAGCGUGUGCUCACAGCUGAGCCGCUGUCGCACCUUUAAAGUGCUGGUGAUCGGAGACUCCGGUGUGGGGAAGACAUGCCUCACACACCGACUGUGCGCCGGACAGUUCCCCAGCGGAGUGGAGGCCACCAUCGGCGUGGACUUCCGCGAGAGAGCGUUGGAUGUUGACGGAGAAAAAAUUAAGCUCCAGCUCUGGGACACAGCAGGACAGGAGCGCUUCCGCAAGUCCAUGGUGCAGCACUACUAUCGAAACGUCCACGCCGUGCUCUUCGUCUACGACGUCACCUUCCCCGCCAGUUUCAGCGGCCUGAUGUCCUGGGUGGAAGAGUGCAGGCAGAACUCCCUCGGACAGGAAAUCCCCAGAUUCCUGGUGGGAAACAAGAACGACCUCCGUGACUCCAGGCGGACCGAUGGCCAGGUGAGCCAGGAGAGGGCGCUGAGCUUCGCCAAGGCCCACGGCAUGAUGUUUUUCGAGACGUCAGCCAAGAACCCGUCGCUCAAGCGUGUGAACGGACAGCGAGGUGACAGGGAGGUUUUAUAUCAGCAGGAUAAGGUGGAGGACGUCGUCAUGGCCGUCGCUGCCAAACUCAAGCGUCAGAAGAAGCCGUCGAUGGUAAAUGCUGUGCCGCACAGCGGCUCCUUUAAAGUCCUGAACAAGAGGAAACCGGAGAAAGAGUUGUGGAUCUGCUGCUGAGAGGAAGACGCAGACAUUAGACUUUUCCUCAUCCUAUUGAAAAUGUUCAUUUUGGACCAAACGCAACUUUCACAUAUGAAACACAGUCAGCUGAUCACACACAAAACCAUAGUAUUUAAAAUGUUUUGUCAUCUUAUUGUUUACAAGAGUAACAAAAUAAAGAAAUUUUUCACUGGA